AUGUGUAAAUGUGUAAAGGUUAGUGUUAAACAUAAUUUUGUUUAUAUUUUAAUAUUUGAAUUAUAUUAUUUUUUGAAUCAAACCCUUAUUUUUACAAAUGUUGGCACCAACAAUAACAGUAAUAACUAUUAUCAUCACAACCAUCAACAAUAUUUAUACAUACGUGAUUUGCUAUACUCUGAACAAACAGAAAUAUUAUCGCCACUAAGCCACGACCAAGUAGAAUGCAAAUGUACAAGUUUAUACAGCAGUAACUGCACCUGCUUUGGUGAGCUACUAUUUCCAAUUAUUGUAAAAGAACUAAGUGAAGAUCAUUUUGAACAUGUAUGUGACAUCAAUUCAAAAUAUACAAUAUGUAAAGAACACAAUAAUAACAACAACAAUAACAAUAACAAUAUCAAUAAUAACCAUACACAUUCAUAUAAUCAUCCAAUGGUAGACGAUAAUGAAAAUGAAAACGAAGCCAACAACAACAAUAAUAAUAAUAAUGAAACAUGUAAUAAUGCCAUACUUUAUAUUUGCGUAAAAUGUAUUAAACCAUUGUGCUUGGAAUGUGUUGAUACUCAUGAACAUUCAUUUGAAGAUAUAUACAGAGUCAAUGUUCAUUCCCCAAAUUUUCAAAUUCUUUAUAGCUGUUUAUUAAAUCACAAUGUCCCAAUCAACUGUUUGUUUGACGCCAUCAAAAAAGAAUAUGAAGAUUGUAUUCAUUUAGUCCAUUUCUUCUAUAAAGAUAGUAAACUAGUUGACGAACUUGCUUUCAUUUUUAAUGAAUUUGUUGAACUAACUAGAAAAGUAAUUUCAAUUGAAAAAGAAUUAGUAGUCUCAACAUUUUUAAAAUCUUUUAAUAAAAACAAUUUUAUUAACAACAGCGGUAACAAUAACAAUAGCAGCAACAACAACAACAACAACAAUAACAACACCCAUAUAAAUAAUAACAAUAACAAUAAUUGCAUUAUAAAUAAAAAAAAAGAAAACUGAUAUGAAAAAAACAAUACAAAUAACAACCAUAUCUAUAAUAUAUACAAUGUAAAAACAAAGAAACAAAAAUAUAGCGAAUAAUUACAAUAAUUUAAAAAAUUAAAUAGUAUAAAAACAUAAUUAAUUUUUUUAAACUCUAUUUUCUUUAAAACUUUAAUAAAACAUAUAUACUUAUAUAUAAAACUUUAAU